UUUCUAAUUCCAUUUUUGCAGCCCUUUUCCCUCAGUUCAUUCUUUCCUUUUUUCCCUUGCCUAAACCUCCAUCUUCGACCCUCUUUAAUCCCUAUCAAAAAUCAGAUCUUCGAGUUUUGGACUCGAUUUCGGAGGUAGAUCUUUACCUCAUUGCUCCGGCUUUACUGGCAUGCCAAAAUUUUUGGGUGAAGUGUUCUGAGGCAUCGUCGAAGUAAGGGUGUUUUACACAUCCCCUUGGCCCUCCCCACCCCCGUGUUAUGUCAACGUGUUUCGUUUCUUGUAGAUGUGGUGGUUGGUGGUAUAAAUCUAGAUGGCUAGGCAGAUUACGCAGCUCUGUGAUCUGAUUUUUGCUACGAAUUUUCUCCCUUUUCUUGGGUUAAUUUAGUUGUGCUUGACUCUUCACUGAUCCCCCUUCAUUCUAGUUCCUACAUGGUUGUCAUUUCGGGGAUUGUUAGCAAGAGUUCGACUACGCAAAUUGGGGGCCCAGCUGCUCUCCAGCUCCUCGCCGGCGCUCUCGAAGCUGAAAACCCCGAAACUGUCUUCUCCGGCCAAUUUUCCGGCUCAACCUUCAAACCGGUGAGCCUCCUUUAUCUCCGGUCAGCAAAGCUAAUCAUUCCCUCGGGAUAUAAGAUGUGCCGUCACAAUUCUUGUGCGCACUUGCCGGUAGAGGAGGCGGUUGCGAUCGACGAGAGUCUUUUGAUGUAUUGCAAGCCUGUUGAGCUCUACAACAUUCUUCGCCCUCGUGCUCUACACAAUCCAUUAUUUCUUCGCAGAUGUUUGCAUUACAAAAUCCAAGCAAGGCGUACAAAGAGCAUGUUAUUUUGUAGGUCCAGGGCUGCGAUUGUUAUAUUCAACUACAGGGACUACAACAACACUUUACGUAAAACUGAAGUUACUGAGGACUUCUCCUGUCCCUUUUGCUUGAUGCAAUGUGCAAGCUUCAAGGGUCUGCGUUAUCACUUGUGCUCUUCACAUGACUUAUUCAACUUUGAGUUUUGGGUAACUGGAGAGUAUCAGGCAGUCAACGUUUCCGUGAAAGUUGACAUAUUGAGAUCUGAGACUGUAGCAGAUGGAGUAGUUCCACAACUUCAAACAUUCUUCUUCUGUUCAAGGUCAAGAAAACAUAGGCCAAGGAACCGUGGUCAACUUGAAAACCACGUUCAUAUACAAUUCUUGGAGUUAGACUCACCUAGCCUUGCCAAUGGAGGGGCACAGGAGGGACAUUUGGAGAAUGGUGACGUUGUGAAGGCUCCCAAUCUGCUCCACGGUGGAAAAGGUUCCCAAAAUGGAAGGCAUAGAGAUGAAAACUGCAGUCAUGAUCAUCCGAGUUCUAUAGAAUGUAUAGAAUGUGCUACCUCAAUUUCCAAUGGUCCUGGUGCUACAAUUUCCAUUGCUCAAUCUUCUCCGGACCUUGAUUGUGUUAAAUUGCUAUCUGGAAGUGAUUCUGCACCACCAACUAAAAUAAGGAAGUUAACUGCAGAGCGUUCAGAGCCAAGAAACCGUAUGCUCCUGCAGAAACGACAGUUCUUUCACUCUCAUAGAGUUCAGCCUAUGGAGUUAGAGCAAGUAUUAUCAGAUCAGGAUAGCGAAGAUGAAGUUGAUGAUGAAAUUGCAGACCUUGAUGAUCGGAGGAUGCUUGAUGAUUUUGUAGAUGUUACCAAAGAUGAAAAGCAUCUUAUGCAUCUUUGGAACUCAUUUGUUCGAAAGCAAAGUUUUUGGAUUUCCUGUAAUGACAAAGAUGCAUCAUCAAUGAUGUAGCGUGAUAGCAGAUGGUCAUGCUGCCUGGGCAUGCGAGGCAUUCUCAAGACUUCGUGCACCUGAGCUAAACUCGUCCCCCGCUCUUUUCUGGU